GUCACACCGUUGCCGGCCGGUUCCAUCUCCAACAGGCUGUCCGCUUCCACUUCGUCCGCUCCGUCCGUCCGUCCGUCCAGGGUGGUGUUCUCCCACUGAACAAGCCCAAACAAAACGUCUCAGGUCAACCACCAUUCCAGACAGCAGGCGACGAUGUCUCAGACGGUGUCUGCGUACGGUUCGUGACGGUUGAGCACAGUAGCCGUUGGACGGUUUCGGUGAGCGGUCAAACAUCCACGCUUCCAGGUUGUGCUUUGCAAAUACGAGCUUCGCUUGCUCAGAUUGUGUGUCCUGUGUUAUCAUCGGUGCGGUGCAGCAUUGGUACCUUCGAUCCAUUCGGAAACCUACACAUCCACCUUUACCACAGAAUGGCGGAACAAGCAAAGAAAGAGAUGAAACACAUCCUCGAGCUGUCGAAAGCGGAACGGCGCCUGUUCCUCCACUCCUUCGACACGCUCAUGUCCGACUGUGACGGAGUGCUGUGGAACUUUACCGGCCCCAUUCCGGGCGUGGACAAAGCGCUGCAGCUGCUGCGGACCGACGGCAAGAAGCUGGCCUUCAUCUCCAACAACGGCAUGCGCACGAUGGAGGAGUACCAGAAGAAGUUCCACUCGCUCGGCAUCGACGCACUGGAGGAGGAGAUCGUCCAUCCGGCGUUGACGACGGUGCACUAUCUGAAGUCGAUCCGGAUGCGCGAUGCGGUCUACUGCAUCGGGACGGAAGUGUUUAAGGACUAUCUGCGCAAGGCCGGCUUCAAAGUGCUGGACGGGCCCAAGGAACGGUUCCCGGAUAGCCGCGAGGCAAAUCAGGUGCGCGUGUACAGCGAUUACUUUGAGCAGCACGGCCCGAAGGUCGGUGCCGUGGUGGUCGAUAUCGACGUCAACCUGUCGCUACAGCACCUGAUGAAGGCAAAGUGCUACCUGGAGCGGGAUCCGAACUGUGUGUUCAUUGCCGGCGCGACCGACUACAUCAUACCGCUCGAUUCCAGCAUGGACGUGAUAGGGCCGGGCUACUUUAUCGACAUACUCGAGCGCAGUACCGGCCGGAAGGCACUCAUCCUGGGCAAACCGGGCAAGGCGCUGGCGCAGGUAGUGCUCGAGCAGUUCCAAAUUACCGAACCGAAGCGCGUCCUGUUCGUUGGUGAUAUGAUGCCACAGGACAUGGGUUUCGGGACAGAGUGCGGCUUCCAGAAGCUGCUCAUGCUGAGCGGUGGCACACCGAAGGACGCCCUGCUCGCCCAAACCGAUCCGAACCAGCUGCCCAACUAUUACGCCGACAGCUUUGCCGACUUUAUCGAGCUGUACAAUGAAACCAUGCACGUCGAGGAAUAGUAGGCGCGCGGUCUUUGACCCACGCUAU